GAAUCGUAAGGGAAUUAAAUUGAUCUAAUAAUAAGGAAGGAAAAAAAAUUUUUAAUUGUUCAUUUAUUAUAAAAGCUUGAGAUUUUCGCUAUCAAUUUUAGAGAUAAAAAAAAAAAAGACAGACUUUUCACUUUUUUUUUCAAAAAAAAUAAAUAAAUAAAUAAAUAAAAUCUCAAAAAUUUUUAUUAAACGAAACUUAAAAAUGACUAAAGUGGCGCGAACGAAUAUUCUUCCAACUUUUCGCGUAAUGUUAACAUGUUGGCUCGGAUUUCAAGUUAUAAAAGCAACAACACUUUUACAUUUUUUAGGUAGAAGACAUGGUUAUUAUGAUUCUAAAGUCGCGUUCGUAAUUGGAGUUCAAACAGUAGCUCCCCCAAUAGUUGUUAUAAAUGUAGUAACAUGGUUCGUUUUCUGGUUUGAUAAACAACAAUCAAAACUUCAUAAUUGGAGAACACCUGAACGCGAAUUAUUAUGGUGGUUAUGGACAACAGGAGUUUUUGGUGGAUGGCUUAGUAUGUUUGUUUGUCGCCAUAAAAUUCGUAAACAAAGUUUUAUAACAAAGGCUUUAUUGUUCACCGUUUUCAAUCUCACGUGGUUUCUCUUAUAUUUAAUCCUGGACCUUCCAAAAAAGAUUUUCAAUAAAUAUCAUAUUAACAUAAAAUAAUUAUUUGUUUCAUAUUAACUUCUUUGUAUUUACUUUUUCUUUUUUUUUUUGCAUUUCAAUAUAAAUAUAUUCAUUCAAUUUAGAUUACUUUCUUUUCUUUUCUUUUCUUUUUUUUCUUUUCUUUUGUUUCUUUUUUAAAUUAGAAUUUUUUUUUUGUAGAUAUUUUUAGAAAAAAUGAUAAUAAUUGUAAUAAAUAUAUAUACAUAUAUAUGUUU